UUAAUUGAAAAACAUAAAAAUAUAUUUUGGUGCUUGCUUUGGUUGGUUCUGUUGUGUGACUGGGAGAAGGCCAUUGACGCUUUUGGAAAUCUUCCACUCCUACUUGUUUCUCUGUUCUUCAUCUUUCUGCAGGAACAUUUUCUUCAGGAAAGGAUUAAAAUUUGUGUUUCUUUUUAACCCUUUUUAGGGUGAGAGACUGAGACGUUAAUUUUUGGCUUCACAAAAAAAAUGGUGCAAGGUGUGUCAUUGACCACUCUAGCAACCUGUGGAAAGAGCAGAAUCUAUGGUUUGUCUCCAUCUUGGAUGGCACCCUUUCAGCCAUUUAAAAGAUCCAAUCUUACCUCUGCCAACUGCAAACACUCUGUUUGGAACCAGUGUAUUCAGAACUUAGUCUUAAUUGGGUACCCUUUUGUGUCAAGGCAAAAUGGUUUUAAGACCAAAGCAGCAUGGAUGUUUAGAGGGGGGGAGCAAGGGUUGGAUGCAAGUGUAGAGCAGAGUGAAAGUUCUAAUGAGGAUAUCUUGAUGUUCUUCUUUCACCUGGACUUAGCCACAAGAGUGCAGUGUGCUUUAAACAUGGAAGAGUAUGACAUUGCGCAGCAGCUGCGAAACAAACUUACCGAGGUUGAAGAAGAGGUAAUUAAGCAACAACAGUCAAAAAGGGGAUUAUCUUCAAAAAGUGAAGCUCAAGAUAAAGGUCUAAGUAUUAUACGUCUUCGUUCAGACCUUCAGAGUGCUAUUGAGAAAGAGGAUUAUGCCUUGGCUGCUGAAUUACGUGAUAAAAUUUCUAAACUAGAAGCGGAGUCUCUGGCUGCUUCAGCUAAAGCUUUGGCACAUGAAAAUGCACAAUAUGUGUUCCGCUUAGGGCAGAAAGUGACACAUAAAAUAUUUGGCUAUAGAGCUAUAAUAUGUGGAAUGGAUCCUGUAUGCGGUGAAUCGAGCUCAUGGAUGGAAAAUGCGCAGGUUAAGAAGUUGUCUCGUGGUUCCACUCAACCGUUUUAUCAGCUUCUUGUUGACGUUCGUGCUGAACCAAAUCUACUGGUGGCGUAUGUUGCAGAGGAGAAUCUUUUCAUACCUGAGAAACCAGACAAAGUUGGAUCACCCCUACAUCUCUUUUCUGUUCUAUGGAAUGGAUUCAGCUGGAGAUUUCAUCCCUAUUAAGCAACUGCGGGAGAAGUACAAUAAACCGCGCCAUGAAAUACCAACCGAUGAAGAUGGAGGGAAAGCUUAAAUUACAAUCUCGUGAUUGAGAUUGAAAAUCUUGAGAUGAUAUAUUGAAAGAAUCGGUUGAUCGCUAUGGAGAAAAGUAGAAAAGUUAUUGGCCAGAAAGCAUUCCUUGUGUUGAUUUUACAAUGAUGGAUACCGCUCUAUAAGGUUACUCACAUUGCAUUGUAUUGUAAAUGUUUUCAUUGUAUGAUUUAUCAGUAGUGAAGGUACUGAUUACUGAACCCUGCCUUUAACAUAUGUCUGUAGUCUGUACAUAAAGUUAAUGAGAAAAAGUUAUCUCCUAUUUCCAUCCUAAAAUAAGAGGUUGUGUUUAUAACUCAGCAUAUUUUACUCUAUACAAGAAAAUCAGGUCAUAUAUAA